UUCAUCUCCUUCUUAAACGACCACCCUUUAAUUCUGAGGCUGUGACCUCUUGUCCGAGACUCCCCCACUAGUGGAUUACAUGCAGGCUGAAGAGAUUAGUUUAACUUCUUGGCAUCAUGGUCAACACGGACAUUGUGGGCCGAAGGGCCUGUACCUGUGCUGCACUAUUCCAUGUUCUAUGUUACAUCGUCUUCUCAAUUACAGUGGAGCGGGUAGGUGGCCAGAACGAGACGUGGUGGAGACACAAGCAGGAUGUGUGGGGCGCCUGGUUGGCCGCUGGCAGCUGGGAUGAUGUUGUUCUUGUUAAACGUUAACGGCUGAUGCAACGACACGUUUGGCAGAGGGUGGAGAGGUCGCGGCUGACUCCGGCCAAUGCUCCGUGGGAGGCAGUGAUUGGUUGAAUGUACGUGAGGGCAGACAAUGAGGGGCAGGAGAAGCCGGGAGUCGGUAUAAAAGGAGCGAGCGAUGGCAGGAGAUGAGAACAAGACCGACCCCGUCACCCUGUGUGGAGACUCCGGAGCUGGUAACCAACCCUGUGGAUCCUUCAAGUGUCUGAACAUGGGACUGCAGAGAUGGAUAGGAUUCAUGGUCCUUGUGGAGAUGGUGUGGCAAGUCUCCGCAACUGGAACAGGUCCGAUCUCCAGAGAAUGGGGAGAGGAAGCAAACUUGGCCGGGCGGAACGCACGGUCGUAUUGGCAUGUCAACAAUGAACAGCUUCCAAGAUGCACGGACAAGCCAGACUCUGCUGGUGAUCACCCUUUAAUCAUUAGUCUGCAGGUUGCCGUUGUGUCUCCGAGUGGUUCUAUUACGCUGCCCUGUAAACUAUCCAAGAAUUACAGUAAACCUACCCUCGUCACAUGGAAAAAAGACGGUGUUGCCAUUGCAACAUAUCACAGUUGGUUUUCAGUGGGGUAUAAGGGAUCGUAUCCCCGCUGGAAGUUCGUGAAUAACAAUAUAUUGAAACAUCGGGACGCCUCGUUGGUCCUGUGGGGGGUACAAGAGAAAGAUGCCGGGACAUAUACCUGCAUUUGGUCCACUUCUCAUCAUGGGAAAUGUCAUGUAUUGACAUGGCUGAAAAUAGAGAGAAACCUCCCAAUGAUUCACCACGCACUCCCCCCAAUCCCACACUGACCUUUCUGUCCUGGGCCGCCUCCACUGUCAGAGUGAGGCCAAGUGCAAAUUGGAGGGAUAGCACUCAAAUUUCACUUGGGCAGCUUAUUCAGAUUCAGAUUCAGAUUCAAACAUUAUUGUCAUUGUGCAGUGUACAGUACAGAGACAACAAAAUGCAGUUAGCAUCUCCCUAGAAGAGCGACAUAGAAUAUGAGCAAUAAAUAAAUAUACGUGCAUACAGUCGUAGUAGUGCAAUUUUUAUCUGGUGGAUGAGUGUCCGGGGGCAAUCACCGAGGUACAGUGUUGAGUAAUGUAACAGCCGCAGGGAAGAAGCUGUUCCUGGACUGCUGGUUCAGCAACGGAGAGACCUGUAGCGCCUCCCGCACGGGAGGAGGGUAAACAGUCUUGUUGGGAUGUUAAACUGAGUUCUUCUGUCAAUCUAAAGUCAACUUGACUCAAACACUUGUUGCUGUUAAAAUCAAUUCUUUAUUCAACUGAGACUAGUCUCUUGAACCUUCCAACACAGAGCUGAUGCUCUGGGGCGGGUCCAGAGAGGAGUAACUUUGAUACAAACUCAUGGCAUUUAUAUAGGUAUUAGAUAUUUCAGAUACAGAGGGUAUGACAAGCUAGUAACCAAUCAUCUGAGUCCUUCUUUUUACAAUCUUCGUUUGUCUAUGGUAUAACUUUAUAACUUUGUUUCAGAAUUAUUUUAUUUCAACACAGCAAAACCCCAGUAGGCUCUUAUCAAGGACCACUCCUCAAAAUAUAAGAUACAGACAAUGAUCACACAAGUCAUACACACUUUCUAUACCAAGAAGAAAGAUAUUUCUAUAAAUCUAAACAAUUUCUAUGUCUAAAGUGUACAUUUCUACUAAGGCAAUACAUUUCAUAAUUUGUUUUACUACAAUUUCACAGUUUGAAAUACUUUUACCUAGGUCUUUAAAACAUUAAUUAUAUAAGUUUGCUGAAUAACAGGUUCUAAGUUCAAAACCUAUACCCAUCCCAACCAAGGAUACAUGGGUCGUAAAUCUGUCAACUUACUUGAUUAGUGUUUGGUUCCAGGAUACAGCUUCAUUCACUUAACUUACAUACUUCAUACAGCUUAACUUACAGCCUCCCCUUCUCCUGCUAUCUCUGGGAGCUGGAUUUCCAAUCUCUCUACAAGGCCUUUUACAAAUAUUACAAAUGAUCUUCUUCUCCAAGCAACGACUCCCCUUCACAUACAUCCUAAUUCAACAUAGCCAAAGCUAACUACAGGGCC